CCCGGUCCGAGACCCCGUGCGCUGCCCGGGAGCGCCAGGCCUGCGGGCGCAGCGGCGGUGCGCGUCAUGAGCCGCAUCUACCAGGACUGCGCCCUCCGGAACAAGGCGGUGCGGAGCGCGCGGCUGCCGGGGGCCUGGGACCCCGCCGCCCACCAGGGGGGAAACGGCGUCCUGCUGGAGGGAGAACUGGUCGAUGUGUCUCGCCACAGCAUCUUGGACGCCCAUGACAGGAAGGAGCGCUACUACGUGCUGUACAUCAGACCCAGUCGCAUCCAUCGCCGGAAGUUCGACCCCAAGGGAAAUGAAGUUGAGCCCAACUUCAGCGCCACCAGGAAGGUCAACACGGGCUUCCUCAUGUCGUCCUACAAGGUGGAGGCGAUGGGGGACACCGACAGGCUGACACUGGAGGCCCUGAAGGCACUGGUGCAAAAGCCAGAGCUGUUUGCGCUGACGGAGAGCCUUACCCCCGACCAGACAGUGGCGUUCUGGAUGCCCGAAUCGGAGAUGGAGGCCUUGGAGCUGGAGCUGGGGGCCGGGGUACGGCUGAAAACUCGAGGCGACGGCCCCUUCGUGGAGUCCUUAGCCAAACUUGAGGCUGGAACAGUGACCAAGUGUAAUUUUGCUGGUGAUGGAAAGACAGGGGCAUCCUGGACAGACAACAUUAUGGCGCAGAAGUCUUCGGCGGGAGCCACGGAGGAGACCCGAGAGCAGGGGGACGGGGCCGAGGACGAGGAGUGGGAUGACUGAGGUGAGUGGGCGUGAAGCGUCUCUGAGGCCACCGGCACUGCUGAGACUGUGAUCCGUCACCAUCUACUCUGGAGUUCAAGGGAGUGGUCCAUCAAGCCUUCCCUGGUUCUUCCUCCGGCUGCCCCAGAAUACUCUUGGAAUAAGAACUGCUAAAGUCAAAUCCAUGACUGUGACAUGACCAAUGUCGCCCCAUGCUGUGGCUCCUGGAGGGGCCCUCCCUGGAUGUGAGUCUAGAUCUCCUAGACCUUUCCACUGUGGCCCUUGCCCUGAAUAGCAGCCUUGUUUCUAGAGGCAGGCAGUGGACUUGAACUUGGUCUUGGUGUACACUUGGGGAAUGUCCCUCAUCUGCACGCUUUCCCCUGUCCUUGUAUAUCGUGCCUUCCUCCCACACCUAACCCCUACCACCAGGGCUCUGAGCUGUAGCCUUUGCUCUUCUGUUCAAACUCCUCGUUCCCUCUGUGCCCUUUUCCUUCCCCAGAGCUGCCAGUUCUUUAUUCCUCCUCUGGUUCUCUGCAACAUUGCGGGGCUUCCUGUCUCCUGACCUCCCUGGCUGCUGUCUGAUGGGGAUGCUGUUCUCAGGGAGGCCUAGAGGCUUCCCAGGUGUGGCUGGCUGGUCCCCACCUUGCAGGCUCACUCUGCCAGGCCACAUUUUGAUAACACCUUUGUCGCUAUUGUUUCGUACUUUGAAAACUUUUUAUGAGUGAGUAAACCUUCAGAAAAGGAUUCCUGUGCAUUGACUGGGUCAUGUCAGGUGUCAACAGUCUUCCAGCUGAUCAAUGAUCCUUUAAGAAGGAAGCUGCGUCUUUUUGAUCAUGAACAUCCCCUUGCUGGGUAGUGUUCCCGCACUCAGAUCUGAGACGGGACGGGGAGUCAAAUGAGGCAGAGACUUGGUGACAUUCGGAUCCUGCUGGCCUCAGGGACAAGAUAGGGUGGUGGUGAACUAACAAUUAUUGAGUCCCCUAAUAUGUCAAACACAGCAUUAGAUGCUUUCCUUGACGGUAACUUAGCCACCGACCUGCUUCCCGGUACGAGCGCCCAUAUCCCCCGUUUUUCAAAAGUUUAUGUUAUAACACUUGGCUUUUAUGAAAGACC